AUGGGAGUCAACAAUUCUACCAUGGCAAACCACAUCAAAGCCCAAGUCAAUAUCCGUGAAAACCUUUCUGGUUUUACACCUGCAAAGUUCCAGACAAAACGAAACGCUGCCAGCUUUUCAUCAGCAUCUGAUAUAUUUGAGAGCCAGGAAUCUAUAGAAAUUUCCCAUAGAUGGCGCUGUUUGCCCUUGAUUUGCCCAUGAGGAAAGUUUUUUGGUUUGACCAAACCAUAUGGGACUGGUCGAACCAAAAAAUUCCCCCAGUGGGCAAAUCAAGGGCAAACAGCGCUAUCUAUGGGAAAUUUCUAUACCAGAUUAUCAGAAAAUACGACUCGAUCCAUUCAUACAACUAGGCAGUCAUUUCAGAAUUUAAAACUUCCUCCUCGUCCAGAAAGCAAAUUAUCUGAUGUAAGAAUAAGUCUUCAUACACGUCCAAAUUCAUUGCGUAUAUCAAAAUCUAACCCUGGGUCAGCUCAUACCUCUCCAUCAGCAACUUUCAGGAUUGACAUUAGCGAAGAUUUGCCUAUUUCUUCUAUUGAAACUUUUAAAUUCCGCCCAAAUAAUGAAAAAAUCAAGAAAAGGAUGAGCCCUGUGAAUUUUACUUAUAAAUUGAAUACUGGGCAAAAGAAAAGCCAAGACGAGGAUUCAAGCGAUGAGGAAAUUCCUCAAGAAUUGCUGAAAAUAGAAAUUCCUGACCAUCGAGGAGCUGUACAAGAUAUUUUUCAUAAUGGGAAUGAGCUUCAUAAAGUUUCAAAAGAAUUUAUCAAGCCACCGAAAGUGCUUACUCCCCGUUAUGAGCUAACAAAACCAUUGGAAAAAUUCCUAUUUUUUUCCCCAAAAACCCACCCUCCAGGAGCGAACAAAAGUUUAUUUAAUAGAAAUAUAUUUAUAUAAAAUAAAAUUUGAUAUAUAAGUGAUAGUUAGUAUAGUAAAAUCUCAAGCUAAUUUGUUUAAUUUUAAAAGAGUUGGCAUUUUAAAACAAAUUUUAUAAAUUAAAUAAAUAUUUGCUUUCCAAUUUUUGCGAAUUGGGAUUCUUUAGAUUUCGAAAAAAAAUAUUUACUAUAAAAUUCAGAUACAAAUUUUUAAAAAAAAUUGACUCCAAGCGAAAUAAUUUUUUGUUCGAGGGAGUCAGCAUUUCAAAAAGUGAUUCAAAGCUGAAAGAAGAAAAAAAGGAUUUAAACUCUGCGUCGAAAGAGCAGAGAAAUGUAAGAAUUAGGGUUAGCAGAGGCUUUAGUUCAGAUAGGAAUCAAAAAUCGCCUCGUCUCACAACUGAAAGUCCUCAACCUUUUAUGCCUAGAAAUGAAGAGCCUGGAAAUGAAUUAUUCUCUUUAAGUUAAUUCUGCAGACUUUUGCACCUAUCUAGUAUUUUUGAAUUAUUUUAAAGAAAAUAUUUGAAAGUUAUCAACUUAUUCUUUUAGUAUAAGGUCAAGCCAAAAGUGGAUUUGGAAAGGGGCUCACGGAACUUUAGAGUCAUAA